AUGUUCACAUACAUCAUCGGCCUCGUCGCCGCCCUCCUGCUCAUCAUCCCCAACCCCCUCACGCAGUACCUCCUCCCCGACCACCCCAAGACAAAAAGCGGCAAGCAUCUGUCGCCGCGGCCGCAGCUCAACGAGUCGCUGCUGGCCAUUGACGCCCCGAACGCGACUCUCCCGGACUGUCCGGCCGACGCGUACGGGGUGCGGAUCUUGCGCAGGGAGCCGCUGGUGGUGUAUCUGGCGGCCUGGCCGUUGUCGCCCACGCAGAGGCAUCUGCUUGAGAUUAGCGAGCCACUCUUUGAGCCCUCAACAGUCACCCACGACGCCAGCUCGACCCACCGCGACACCACUGUCCGCGACUCGUCCGUCGCGCUCCUCCCGCGAACAGACGCGGUGCGCUGCAUCGAAGCCCGCGCGCUCGCCUUCCAGGGCUGGCGCCGCGACGUCUGGAUCGAGCGCCUGCGGACGCAGCGGUACGUCGAGGGAGGGUACUACAAGCACCAUCUGGACUGGAGCGGCAACGUGGGCGGCUGGGGAAGGGUGAGCAGCUUCAUGGCGUGGGUGGAUGCGUCGGGUGACUUGGAGGGCGGGGGCACGGAGUUUCCGCUGCUGAUGGAGGAGGAGGUUGGGGGGAGGUGGUGUGACUUGGUUGAGUGUGAG